CGGAAUACACACUGAUGAUUUGACAUUUUUCUUGUUUGACAUUGACAAUUUGUUUGUCUUUUUCUAAGUGUAACCGGAAUAAAAUCGUGAUUUGUAACUUUUUUCAUAGUUUUAAAUUUUAUACAUCUUUCAUCUUAAAUAAAAUGGCAACGUCCGUUAUCAACACAUACGCCGACCCAUGCAUCCCAGAAUGGAUGAGUGCACCCCACAGCACUGGUACCUCUAUUAUGGCGUGCGAGUUCAACGGCGGAGUGGUGAUCGGAGCAGACUCUAGAACAACGACGGGCGCGUACAUCGCCAACAGAGUCACCGACAAGCUCACUAAAAUCACUGACCAUAUUUACUGUUGUCGAUCUGGUUCUGCUGCUGAUACACAAGCUAUUGCUGAUAUUGUCACAUACCAUUUAAAUUUCCACAAGAUGGAAUUAGGAGAACCUCCUCUAGUGCAGACAGCUGCAUCCAUAUUCCGUGAGCUCUGCUACAACUACCGUGAUUCACUUGUGGCUGGGAUUCUGGUAGCUGGAUGGGAUAAAAAGAAAGGAGGACAAAUCUACUCAGUACCCAUUGGGGGUAUGGUCCAACGACAAGCUGUAUCCAUUGGUGGGUCUGGAUCUAGCUAUGUCUAUGGUUAUGUUGAUGCUAACUUCAAGCCUAACAUGAGCAAGGAGGAAGCUGUAAAGUUUGUUACAAAUACACUAACAUUGGCCAUGCUGCGCGAUGGAUCCUCCGGAGGCGUCGUAAGAUUGGGCGUCAUUACAGAGGCUGGGGUGGAAAGGUCCGUCAUUUUAGGUGAUCAACUUCCUAAGUUUUAUGAGGGUUAAUAUAUUUUGUAUUUUACAGUAUGUGUAAUAAAAAAUCUACAGUUCUA